AUGAUAGGUGAACCGACAGACUUCUUUGAACGAGAGAAUCCCCCCGAAGCCGCCUGGUGGGUAAAUUUGCGACUGGAAGCCUACUUGGCAAUUGUCAAUCAGGCAUCUUUUCCACCAUACUUGGAUUCUCCGUGCACGAAAAGGAAACUCACCACGGUAGAUGACAAAGACUGGGCGAAUCUUAUGCUCCUUCAAUUAACAGACAUCAUCCGAUACUGUUUCUCAGAUAACACAGACAUCGAGCACUAUAAAGCACUGCUGAAAGACAUUACUAUCUGGUCAGAGACAAAACCAGAUUCCUUCGAUCCUAUAUAUACCUGCAACGACGCCGAGAAACAAGUACUUCCAGAAAUAUGGCUAUAUAGCGAACCAGUGGCUGCUGGCUUGCAAUACUAUCACCUCAGCAGGAUGCUUCUCAUGUCUCACGAUCCACGUCUUCCAAAGAUUGGGCUCGCAAGGGGUAGGAAAAUGAAGCAAAUAGAGGUCGAAAUGAAGAACGAUAGCAAGAUAGUCUGCGCAAUCGCCGCUGGCAUGGGCAAAGCUAGUCCAACAUACCUGCCUGCGUGCAUGGCCAUAGCAUUGGUCGGAGACCUUUUCAACAAUCGCGCUGAGCAGGAUACCCUCCUUCGCGUUCUAAGUAAUGCAACUGAUCGGUUUGGGUGGCCUUCUUCCUACAUAAAGGACAGUCUGCAGAAGACGUGGGGAUGGCUUUAG